AUGGCCAUGGUGAGAGAGAAGAGAAGAAAUUUUUUCUUGAAGGGCCUUGUUUUCCUCAACUUGUCAAACAAUAUCCUAAUUGGCAGCAUUCCAUCUUCCUUAGGGAAUCUUUCAAACCUUGAAGCACUGGAUCUCUCUCUAAACAUUCUUUCAGGGAAGAUCCCACAACAGUUGGCAAAACUUACUUUUUUGGAGUUCCUUAAUGUGUCCUUUAAUAAUCUCUCAGGUCCUAUACCUCAAAAUGAGCAGUUUUCUACAUUCCAAGAUAAUUCAUUUAAGGGUAACCAAGGUCUGUGUGGGGAUCAGUUGUUGAACAAAUGUGUAGAUCACAAAGGGCCUUCUUUUUCUCCACCUUCUGCCUCUGAUGGUGACAAUGACUCGGAAUCUUUGUUUGAACUUUACUGGAAUGUAAUUCUGAUCGGGUAUAUAGGUGGUCUUGUUGGCGGAGUGGCAUUGGGAAGUGCUUGGAUGGCUUGAAAGGUUAUUUUUAGUUGAAAACAAAAAGCUUCUCUUUCUUUUGUAUUUACUGUUCUCAUCUGUUCUAGUUCCUUUUAUUGUUGUGACUGCCUAUAAUAAGAGUGUGCUUUGUCUGGUAUAGUUUUCAUUUGUUCUUGUGAUUGAUUGCCUCUAGUAAUUAACAGUGUGCUUUGGACCACAUUUUGGUGUUUCAAUGAGGUUACCAAAAAGUAUAAUUGUAGUGGCUUAUUUGAAUUGUUA